AAGUUGACGGGAAUCUUACUCAUAACGCGAAGUUGCCGCCGCGGUUGUUUGCGACGGAUCGGUUCCCUCUGCGAGGCCGAUGAGCUGAGAGCGAAUCCAGAGAUGCCACCGAAAAGAAGGAUACAGCUGGCGCUUAUUACGAUAGUUGACGGUGUCCUCAUUGUGAGUGCGGCGAUCCACAGACCUACCCUGAAAUACUCUUUCUUCCGCACUAUUAUCACGAUGAGGCCACUGCACAAUGGUAAACAUGAUGAUCCUAACAAGGUGUUCUGUGAUCAACUGUUGACGGGAUCAAUGCGGGUGACGGGCUUCCCACUGAUUCUUCAGAUGGUUGCAUAUAGAGCGAUACCUCUUCUAGCUGCGAAACUACCUAAUAUAUCGGACGAAACACCGUUGUUGGAAAUUAGCGGUGAGGACAUCCCCAGACACAGACGCAUUUCGAUGGAUGAUAUAAUCGAAGUAGAGAACGAUCCCAAGCUAAUUGUGCAGCCAAUGAUAGAGGUUGGAGAAAAGCGAGAACCAGCGGAGGAAGGGUGGGGGAAGUGGGAUGACGAGGUCAGAGAUAGGAGGGUGAAGUACCUAAAGAGGAAGCUAAAGGAAGGAUAUGUAUUUGGGAAGGGCGAAUGGUGGGGUGGCAACGACACGCAACCACUAAUCGUUGUGAAGGAAGCUAUUCCCAAAGGCGAACACAUUAAACAUGUCCAUGAUCAGAGGAGGGUUAAGAGGAGCAAGCCCGCCGCAUCUAAACUUGGUGUCCGAGACAUGCCUUCCACCUCGAAGGCAUCUUCAUCUGGCGGAAGUAGGCGUCGGGACAGUGUUUCGACAGAGAGUCAAUUGGAGUGGCUGAUAGCGGAGAUGAAAGAGAGAGGAACUGUUGACACGAGGCAACGUUUGUCACAGCUUAGGAAGAUGCAAAGCCGCAGGCGCAGGAAACAAUCGAGGAAAAAAGACGAGACCGAUGGUGGAGAAGGAAACAUGGCAUCACUCUCUUUUGAGGUUAGUUUGAAAGAAGGCAGUAAGUUGCCCCGCGAUUGGAUGGAGGAGCCUAACCUAUCUCCGGAGAAGGUAGAAGAUAAGUCACAGGAAAGCGGCGAGAUGGAUGGAUUGCUAAGUCCGGUUGGGAAAAAAGAGGAUGCAUUGAAGAGAAAGAGGAGCAUUUCUCCGUCCGGGGAUGAGAGGGAAGAGAAAGAAGAGUUAAAGAUGGGUGAUGAGGUAAGUUAUUAUCUUCGUCCCGUCUAUUAUAAACUCGCAUAUUAUCAUCGACCUGACAAAUAUGGACAACCUAAGAUUGAGGUAGGUAUGGGAGGAAGUGCCGUGGGGGAUGAAUCAAAGGCAAUUGGCUCCAUAGACGAGGCAUUACAGACGUCUGAUAGGGAGGCUGCAGCAAAUAUACUUAUAAUUUUCUUAACUUCGGUUGGUCUCGCGAGACCGUCCACGCGAGACCGUCCACGCGAGACCGUCCACGCGAGACCGUCCAUGCGAGACCGUCCACGCGAGACCGUCCACGCGAGACCGUAUCCAUUAGAGAUUUCUGAUAAAGGCCCUCCAGCUGAGAUUGGGGAGGAUAAAAUUGCCGUUGAAACCAAGUCCGGUCGUCGAGUGUCGACACCGGAAAUGCCAAGGGCGGCGUCUGUGUUGACUUCGCCCCCGAGGGUAGAUGAAAAAUCUCCAGAAGCAGUAAUUGGUUCUGUGCUGAAAGAUCUUGAGGAGACUGCAGAGAGACAGGUCCAGCAGAUGGAUAUGUCUAGUUUGCCAGGCUGUGCGGCUGUGUCAGAAUCGACUAGGCACAAGCCUACUGAAGUGGAAAGGGAGCUUGCACUAACAUUGCUAGCGAAUCAAAGCAGAGCACCAGUCAGUGCCCUUCCCACAUUGGACGUUGACAUAUGGAAGCAAUUCGAGCGAACGCUUGGCUCGUGUGGCUCUGUGUAA